AUGGCGGAUGAGGAGGAACAGGAAUCGACGGAAUCUGUGGACGAGAAAAGUGACGACGAAGAGAAACCAUCGACUAGAAAUGCACGAAAAUGUUCUUGGCUCUCGCAAUCAUUACUCAAGAAAGAGAACAGAGACAAAGUAAAACAGAUUUCAAAAAUUUUGAAGAAGAUUGAAUCGGAGAAAACAAAGGAAGAUUUACAGAUCUUGGCUAACUCACCCGAAAUUACAAAAAGGCUAACCAAACAAGCCUUACGCAGAGAUGCAGUAAAGAAAAGGACAUUAGAGAUUAAAGACCCAGAAGAUGUAUUACAAAAGAAAUGUGAACAGCUUGCAGAUGCCAUCAAAGAGUCUAAGAGUACUGUAAUCUACACAGGAGCAGGCAUAAGUACUGCUGCAUCAAUCCCAGAUUACAGAGGGCCAAAUGGUGUGUGGACUCUGCUACUAAAGGGACAACAACCUGCAGCUCAGGAUCUGAGUGAUGCAGAGCCGACUGUCACACACAUGUGUAUAACUGAACUGGAGAAGGAAGGACAUGUAAAUCAUAUCGUGUCUCAGAAUUGUGAUGGCCUCCACCUCAGGAGUGGAUUUCCUCGUAAGAAGUUGUCCGAAGUACAUGGUAACAUGUACAUUGAGUUAUGCAACAACUGUAAGCCUCCACGAGAGUAUGUACGCCUGUUUGAUGUUACCGAGAAAACAGGCGUGCGUCGACACAGUACUGACCGUAACUGUCACAAUUGUAAGAAACCUCUGAGAGACACCAUUGUACAUUUUGGAGAGAAAGGUGGAGUGAAGACACCAUACAGAUGGAAAGAAGCAGGCAAGGCAGCUGACAACUGUGACCUAAUUCUGUGUCUAGGAACCAGUCUGAAGAUUUUAAAGAUGUAUGCAUGCCUGUGGUGUAUGGAUCGAAGACCAAAUCGUCGGCCCAAACUCUACAUUGUCAAUCUCCAGUGGACACCAAAAGAUGAUUCUGCCACAUUGAAAAUCAAUGGUUGUUGUGAUGAUGUGAUGAAGCGAGUGAUGGAUCGGUUCGGCUACACUAUACCUUCAUACUCCAGGAAUACAGAUCCAAUCUUUAGACAGGCAACACCUUUGAAAAACCACGAACUGAAGAAUGUUAACAAAAAGAUUCUGGAAGUCCCUGCUAAUUAUGCCAGGAAACGAAGAAUUGCAAGCAAGAGGAAACAGUGUUCAAUGAAGAAAUUGAAGACAGAUAGCAUAUCAGUAUCAGUUUCUGGAGAGGAAACAAAGACAAGCCCUUAUGGUGUUACAUCCUCUUCCAAUGGAAUCUGCAAGAACGAGGAUACAAGAGAAGAAAAAUUUAGUGAUAUAAAAUCCAGACUUCACGUACCAAUGCAAACAAUAUCAUCCAAUAGUCUUCCAUGUACAGUGUCUUCUCCAUCACAAGAAACAAUGUCUUUUCCACUAGAUUUGUCCAGGUCAGGUACACAGGAUAGAACUUGGAAAUUAGACGAAGAUGGAACAUCAUUAAGUGAUGGCAGUAUUCCACAAAGUGAAUGGAUAGGUCAGUGUUCAAAGUGUGCUGCCUUACGUACAGUUGGAUCAUUAUGUAGUUGUUCCACAGUGCCAACACUUCAGCCUCAGGGUAUACCAAUACACUACAUGUCAUAUCUGGGCCUACAGAUGCUGGGUGAUCCCAGAUUGAUACAAUUACCCCCACUCCAUACUAAUUUAUGGCCCACUCCAUUUAUUCCUCAAGUCUUUCAGCCCAGUAACAAGAUUGACUAUGUGCUCAAAGAUCACUGCUACCUCAAGAAGGAUCAGAUGCAAAAACUCUCCCCCAAAAGUGAACGAUUGUCUGGUACUACAUCGACAAGUCCUGUGAAAAGGGAGCUCCACUCCCAAAAAGAAUGUGGACAAAACAAUGCAAGUACCUCCUCCUGUCAGUCUACAGAGACAAGUUCGACAGAGUUAGGUGAACAGUCUCCUGCGGCAGUGGUAGGGAAGGAUAUGUUACUACUGACUUCACAGGAUACAGUUCCAAACACUCGUCACAAGCGCUCUAAUACUUCCCAUGAUCAUGUUGUAGCUAACACAGAUGUAACAGAUUCAACCACAAAGAAACCUAAUCUGUGUCGAAGUCUUUCUGUACCAGGCUGGUUUGGGAAAGGGUUAAAGAUAGGAAAAAAGAAACGAUGAGCUAAACUUCGGGAAAAAAGACAUAUUGACAAUCUGCUGUCAUCAAGUAUUCAGGGAAACACUCAAAUAAUAGCCUUUUUUAUUUAUUUUUUAUUCUCUGUGAUACACUUGAUUAAACUCAGGUAUUAUUUUGAAUGCUUUCAAAGUAGGAUUUAGGAAAAGGAAAUUCAAAAGUGCAAAUUAUGAACCAGGAAAACUUGACAACUGGGUCAUAGCUAUUUAUUGAAAUAAGUUCAGCUCCAGGAAAAUUCAAACACACAGUGCAUUACUAGAAAAACUUACGAAAUAUCCCCCUGAGAUGAUGGGGCUUUACUGUCUAUAGUUAAUAUUUUUAUGAUUUGUUUGCUAUGAAAUCAGAAUACUCGCAAGAAUUUUUUAACGGAAUCAUUUGGUUCCUAAACCAGUCACCAUAUGAAUUCCAACAAAUUUAACAGUCAACUUGUGUAAAUGUUUGAUGAAAACAAAUAUGAUGUCUGGUGAAUAUGAACCGAACACUCAGCUACCUCUUACUGAACCUGAAAAGUUUGAAAUAAAACAUGUUUUCCAGGUGGUAAAUGAGGAAGUACUGUGAGGUUUUGUUUGUAGUGAUUUAGUGGGCUAGCCAGGGGACAUCGGUUUUUGUUUACAUUUAAUUCCAGGACUUCAUAAAAUGUUACAAGUUUCUUUAAGUCGCUAUUUAAAUUUUCUAACUUCGAUUACAUUUACUCACUAGUUACAUGUUUUUCACUAUUUUACUUCCAGUUUGAUUUUUGAAGAUGUCUAAUUUGGAUGAUAUGAUAUGUGAGUUGAUUGAGAUGAUCCUGUUAAAAUACCACAUUAAACAGUUGACACAGUGUUGUUUUACCUGUACUCGCAGCCAUAAACAUUUGGCCUAAAUUGAAUUUUCUAUGUGUGUGAUGAUACUACUGGUUUGUUACCAUGGAUAUACAUUGUUCCAUUUCUUUUAUAUCUGUUUGAUGGGAUAAGAGAUCUCUUUAUGUGCCAGUAAAUAAUAUGUUUGAAAAUGAUAUAUAUUGACUUCAUGUGAUGUUGACUGUGUUUGUGUAUUGUACUCUACCUUUGUCACUUUAAUGAUUUAUAAAAAAACACAGUUAUUUCUUACCGCAAGUUUUCCUGCUUUCAAGUUUUCAUAUUUCUCAAUUUAUUUUACACAUAGGUUUCCAAUAGUGUAGAUUUGUUAAGUACAGGAAAUCAAAAACAAAACUUUGUUCAGUUUUGUAUAUCUUAUUGAAUCUAAUCCAGAUUUUCCAUAUAUAUUUUCAUAAAUACUCACAAUUACCCCUGUACUGUUAACUAUGUAGCUACCUCUUGUUGGUUUGAUUACAAAUUACAAUCACCAGUGUGAAAAGAAAUAACUUCAGGAUGAGUUGUUAUAACUCUGUAUAUAGAGAAUCAUUCAUUGUAUGAAAUAGUGUAAAUGGGACAAAACGUGCCUACUAAGUACUAGUGAAAUAUUCACUCUGUAUUUAUAUACUUGAUUCGGCAGAAUACUUUCACCUACAGAUUCAUUCCAAGUUUAGCAGAAUUUGACAGAGAGUUCACUAGAUACAUUGUAUUACAUUAUAAAUGAAAGCAUAUUGAUUCACUCUUCAUUCUCUUCAUUCUAUGACUAUUUGAAAGAAUCUCUUUGGUCUCUUUGUUGCUGAUGUGAAAUUAUUAGUCUUUUUUAAUUCUAGAAAGCGUCUUGGUCAGUCAGUCUCUUUGUUGCUUAUGUUAAAUGAUUAGUCUUUUUAAAUUCUAGAAAGCGUCUUUGUCAGUCAACAAAACGACUGUGUAUACCAUUUUAAUUUUUUUUGUCAGUUUUUAAUGUGGUAACUUGCGAUAUUUGGUGGCGUUCCAUUCUGGAAUAAUGUUUGGUGUACAUGUAAAUACAUUAAAUUUUAUAGAAAUGCUUUUUUUUAUUUAUUUCUGUGGGAUAUUUGAAAGGUUUUAUAUUUUUCAUUGCUUAUCCAGUGUUUUGUCAUAUAGUACAAAUCAGUUGGAGUACAAAAUCUAACCCACAUUGUCUCUUGCACAUUGAUAUAUUGUCAUCUUUACAAAUCCUAUGCCACACAAGUAAAUUAAUAUGUUUAUGUUAAUUCAAGCUACACAGAGAAAUUAUCUGUAAGAUUUGCUGAAGUUUCUUGCUGUUUUAACAGAGAAACUACAUAUCAACAGUCUUAAUCCAAACUCAAAUUCAAUGAAACUAGGUUGUUGUGGAAAGGUAACCAAAAUCUGCUUCAUAUAACAUUACUAUGGAAGUCUUGGUCAAUCCACAUAUGUAAUGUCACGUUCACUAAUGAGCACAAAGUUAACAAGAAUCGUAGCACCAGACACACUCACUAGAACAAACACAUUAAACAUCAAAUCAAACAUAUACACAAUUUGAGAUCAUUAUGACAACUGUGAAACUUUACCAUAAUCUUCGUCAACCUGCAUCUCGAGUGUCUGUCAGUUGCAGGCAUAUUGUAUGAAAAUGGUGAUAUUUGGAACAAGCCCUUGAAUAUCAAAUCAAAUACCAUAAGCAGGGGAUGUAGAGAUGUUGUUAACCAGAAAUGGAAAAUUCAGGUUUGGGAAAUUGAAAUGAUGUUUAUCACAGAGCUUGGUGGAAAGCUCUCUCAGUUGGUUUGGCUGUAGGACAAGAUUGUGGUAAGUGAAUGAUAUAGAAGAGUCUUGUGUACUGUUGAUUUCAAAUUCUGGUGGGUAUAUAUGAUGGACAUGGUCAAUAAAUAUAUUGUUAUCAAAAAACAAGUUAUCAGUAUCUGAACAUUGCAUUGAAGGACUUUGCAAGAUCUUUGUGACCUGUUUUGAUAAGCUCUUUGAUAAAUUCAGCCUCAUAAGAAAACAAAAACUAGGUUGUCAUGAGAGGUAAAGUUCUUGAUAUGCAAUUAGUCUGCAGGAAAUAGCAUGCUACACUAGGAUAUUACAAUUCUAUCUGUAAGAUCCACAGAAAAGUUUUAGACAGUUUUCACAAACUACCACCACACAAGAAAAUUACCUACAAGGUCUGCCAACAGUUUCUGUCUGUUUUCACACAUCCAAGGUUUGCCAACAGUUUCUGUCUGUUUUCACAUAUCCAAGGUCUGCCAACAGUUUCUGUCUGUUUUCACACAUCCAUUGUUGGAAACCCACGAGACUUUGCUCAUGACUCAAUGUGUUUCCCACAAUGUCACAAAUCAUACCACAAUGGUUUGGUAGAGUUGCUGUCUUGCUUUUUAUGAUAUAUGGUGACUGAUACAAAUUGCUAAUAACCGACUGUGUUUGUAGGACAAGUGUAAACUCACAGGUAUCGUAUAAUGUAUAGUAACAGUGCUGUUUGGUGAGACUCUUCUGUGUAACAUUUUUGUUUUUUUCAUACAAAAUGCUCGGGAAGCCUUCAAAAGACUUCCAGUCAAUGAUGACUUGUUCUUCCUAACCAUUGUAUUUCUGUUGUAUCAGUAUUCAGUGUGGUGUGUAUAUGAAUCCGACAGUGUAUAGGUGGGAACCAGGCUUUAUGAUAAAUGUUUAUUUAUGAUAACCAAUGAUUUUUGCAUGUAGCUAAUGUGAAAUCUUUCAUACUAAUACAUAUGAUUAUACUGUUGUUGGAGUGAAUAUUUUCCUCUAGUUGGUAAUUUAGCAUAACCAGGCUUUUGUGUGGAACAUGUGCCUGAUAUAGGCCUACCUAUAUAUUAAAUUCAAUGAAUGAGUGCUUUAAAUUAAAAUACUGCGGACAUACUUGGUUUCAAUUAAAAUUAUGUGAUUUUAAUUCAAAUAAGAGGAUGAAGGGAAAUUCUGGAAAUAUAGUAUUUUUUUUUUUUUUUUUUUUGUUCUCAACAGAAAUCAUGACAGAAGGUUCAAAAGUUAAUUCAGUUCACUUGGAGUCCAUUUCUGAUGUGUUACAUGAAUUCAAUGCUAUACACAUGCCUGUCUUUUGAUAGGUUAAAAACACACCAGAUAUAAAACAAAGGUGAGAUUUCAGUGUUUAUCUAACUUUUUCUAUUACAUGUUGUUUUCCGUUUUCAUAUCAAACCCUCAUCACCUAAUCCAGAUGUGAAGUGUGAUUUCUGUAAUUUUCAUAUAUUGGUUUUAAGAUGUUUUGUUUAUGAAUUUAUAUAAAGUG